AUACACCUUAUUUGCUGCUCCUCCCGUCGAGUCAUCUGCCGCAAUGCGCUUUGUGUCAGCUCAGUGCCUGCAAGCCAAGCCUUAACGAUGCACUUGGCGGCGCGGAAAUGUAACUUAACACCGGUGCUUACCAGUAGAUGCGGGGGAUGUAAUCGUCAGCCGGAGUCCCCUUCCUCAGCUGGCUGCUCAUGCUCGGCACCAUCCUCGUCACCGCCGUAUACAACAACACUGCCAGCUUGGGCCAUGCUUAUGGCGUAUGUGUGAUCUUCGUCACCUUUUUCGACACCCUUAUGGUCACGCUGGUUGCAAUCCUCGUCUGGCGCCUUCCGAUAUGGCUCGUGUUCUUGCCGGCCCUGGCCUUUGCUACCUUCGACGGCUUGUAUCUCUCGUCGGCCCUCAACAAGGUGCCUGACGGCGUGUGGUUCACGCUGCUCAUUUCGGCGCUCAUGGCGGGCAUGUUCCGACUGUGGAGGUUUGGCAAGGAGAACCAGUGGCGUGCUGAAGCAGAGGUCCGCUUCCGGCCCAGCGCUCUCGUUAUGAAGAAUAAGGAGGGUAAGUUGGCGCUGACACCUCGUUGGGGCGGCGACAUGCUCUCUCCCGUCAGUGGCUUCGGCAUCUUCUUCGACAAGACUGGCGUUCUUACUCCGAGCGUCUUCACCCACUUCGCCUCCAAACUUGGCGCUCUGCCCGAUAUCUCCGUCUUCUUCCACCUCCACCCCGUCGAGUCCCCAUCCGUCCCCGAGGAAGAGCGCUACCACAUCUCCCGCUUCGCUAGCAUCUCCGGCUGCUACCGCCUCGUCGUCCGCCAUAGCUUCAUGGACGAGGUCGUCAGCCCGGAUUUGGGCAUGCUGAUCUACGAUCAGGUGCGUAAGUUCGUUGUGCGCCAGGCCGCUGCCAAGUCUGGCGCCGCGAGCGAGCAGGAGACCACCGCGGCGUCGGCGUCCACGGGGGAUGCGGAGGGCCCGCCGGAGCUCAGGGACGAGAGUGUCACGGCGGAGCUGGCGAGGCUGAAUCGCGCGUAUGCGCAGAAGGUGCUGUAUAUUGUGGGGAAAGGGCAGAUGCGGAUCCGGGCGGGGACGAGUAUUCUAAGAAGGAUUGUGUUGGGGACUUUUCUUUGGAUUGGGGAUAAUACGCGCGCGAAGAUUGCGAAUUUGAAGUUGGCGAUGGAGAGGGUUGUGAAGGAGAUCUAGCCCAGUCAGUACAAAGGCCCAUUCAUGGGACAAGACCCAGGUCGUGACCCUGAUCCACCAUCCUCU